ACCCUGAUAUUCAUCUCCCCCUCUGUUCUGUAUACUCCGCAAAAAAAAAAUAAAAAAAUCAAUGGCUUGUUGCCUAUCUUCACCACCAAAACCUCCCUCAUUUCUUCCCUCCUCUGAAUUCCUCAAAGCGCGUGGGGAGAAACCCACCUCUAUUUCAUGGUCUUCUUCACUCCCCCACCUCAAUUUGUCCAUCAAUUUAUCUUCUUCCCCUUCAAAUCCCACUCGUAACCAGAGUUUUGUUGUUCAAGCUGCAUGGACUCGACGAUCUCGAAGUGAAGCUGCGAAGAAGCCGAACAGAAAAUCAUGGAAACAGAAGACAGACAUGUACAUGAGACCAUUUCUUCUAAACGUCUUUUUCUCAAAGAGAUUUGUUCAUGCAAAAGUGAUGCAUAGAGGAACCAGCAAAGUGAUAUCUGUAGCUACAACUAAUUCUAAAGACCUGCGGAACUCAUUACCAUCCCUCACAGAUACUAAUGCAUGCAGAGUUAUUGGGAAGUUGAUUGCUGAGAGGUCCAAGGAAGCUGAUGUGUUUGCAAUGUCUUACGAAGCAAAGAAAAACGAAAGAAUUGAAGGGAGGUUAGGAAUAGUUAUCGAUACAAUUAAGGAGAAUGGAAUCAUAUUUGUUUGACAUUUUAGCGUUUAGCAGAGUAUUCUAAAAUCUAACGUAUGCUGGUAGAUAGUCUAAUUGCUUGGUCAUUACUUCUAAGACUGCUUUUGCCUGCUUCUGAAAGGUGUCAAAAUAGUAAUUAAGGAUUAAAGAUAUCAUUUUUAUUCA